UGGGAGAGGCAACCGAAGCCCGCUAGGCUUCUCUGAAAUUUAAUCCAAAACAUGGAUAUCAGACCAAAUCAUACAAUUUAUAUCAACAAUAUGGAUGAUAAAAUCAAAAAAGAAGAACUGAAGAGAUCAUUGUAUGCACUCUUUUCUCAGUUUGGCCAUGUAGUGAAUAUUGUAGCUUUAAAGACCAUGAAGAUGAGAGGGCAAGCUUUUGUGAUAUUUAAAGAACUCGGCUCAUCUACAAAUGCUUUGAGACAGUUACAAGGCUUUCCGUUUUAUGGUAAACCAAUGCGAAUUCAAUAUGCAAAAACAGACUCUGAUGUAAUCUCUAAAAUGUGUGGCACUUUUGCUGAUAAGGAGAAGAAAAAAGAGAAGAAAAAGGCUAAAUCUUUGGAACUAACUGCCAAUGCUGCAAAUAAAAAGCCUGGUCAGGCCACACCAAAUUCAGCUAACACCCAAGGAAAUUCAACCCCAAAUGCUCAGGUGCCUGACUACCCACCGAAUUAUAUUUUAUUCCUAAAUAACUUGCCAGAGGAGACUAAUGAAAUGAUGUUAUCUAUGCUGUUUAAUCAGUUUCCUGGUUUCAAAGAAGUAUGGUUGGUACCUGGAAGACAUGACAUUGCUUUUGUGGAGUUUGAAAAUGAUGGACAGGCUGGCGCUGCCAGAGAUGCCUUACAAGGAUUUAAGAUCACACCAUCCCAUGCCAUGAAGAUUACAUAUGCCAAGAAAUAGCUUUAUGGACAUUCUUUCAAUGACUUGGUUUUAUUUAUGGCUUCUGUUCUUCGUUUUUUCAAAAGAUACAAAUCAGAAAUUUUGAAGAGCUUUCUGAGGGCAAAAGUGAAAAUAAACAUUUUGUGUAAACUUUUUUUUAAACUCAAAUUCUUCAGUGUUCCCUACAAAUUUAGGGUACUGCAACAUGCAAGAGACAUUUUGUAUAAUUAAAACUUAGUUUUAUUCAAUAUGUAAUGUUAUGCUUUUUUUUGGCCCAUUUUCCCCUUUAUCUGUUUGUUCUAUAUUGUAACUUUUUCUAUGACCACAUCUUGUGUUUUCCUAAUCACAUUUAUUUUGGAAUGAUCAAGAUUUGAAAUAU